AUGAACUACUUUGCCAAGGUCACAGCACUAGUAGCGGUUUUGGUGAUCACCGCCCUGGUAGAUGAGACAAAAGCUGACCCAUCUACCUUAAAAGCAAUUCUGAAUGAAGAAUACUAUUUAGGAUCAGGCGCUGACCAUUCCAAACACUCAUUUAAUAAUCGAGAUAAGGAGCUCGAUUUCACUGAGGAAGAAAACAAGAUCGUGCAAGACGUCUUCAGUCCGGAUUAUUAUGAGCCCAACAUUAUUUUGGAUUUUAGAUAUAUGAAAUCAGGAGGCAGAGGAUACGCUCGAAGUGAUGGCGGACAAAUAUUAAUUCUACCUAAACGACAUCACAUGCCUUCUCUGUACAACAACUAUGAUACUCUCAUUGAGUAUUUACGCCUUAAAAAUUUAGAAGAAGCAAAUAGACACUUGCUGUUCGAGGCAGAUAAUCACAGACAUCAUCAACAAAACUCUAGAUCGGAGCACCAACACUCAAGAUCGGAAGCUAAAAAGGAACACACAGAACAUCAUAAAAAGCAU